CCACAGCCGUCACUUCCGGCCCAACUCGGGACGCGUCAGGGACUCCAGUCGACCAUGGCUGAGUAUCAAGACAAAGACUUGCAGAAAUUUCUUAAAAAUGUGGACGAAAUCACCAAUUUAAUUCAAGACAUGAAUUCCGAUGACCCAGCGGUACAACAGAAAGCCGUCCUGGAGACAGAAAAGCGACUGCUGCUGAUGGAGGAGGACUCCGGGGAGGGGGAGGAGUGUCGGAUCACCUCAGACAAGACCCUCAUCAGCCCUCCUGAAGCUUCCAUGCAGAAUGAAGAUGGAAUAAACCCAGAGGCCUUCCUGGCAUCUAUAGAGAAGGACGCCAAGGAGCGAGCCCAGAGGAGAAUGGAACACAAAGUCCAGGCCGAUGCCCUGAGAGUGAAGGGGAACGAAGCCUUCAGCAAGGGUGACUAUGAGCUUGCCAUCCAGCACUACAGUGAGGGCUUGGAGAAGAGGAAGGACAUGAAGGUGCUGUACACCAACCGAGCCCAGGCUUACAGCAAACUCGGGGACUAUCAGAAGGUGCUGGCUGAUUGUGACUGGGCUCUGAAGUGUGAUGAAACCUACACGAAGGCCUACUUCCACAUGGGGAAGGCCCACCUGGCCCUGAAAAACUACGACGAGGCUAGAGAGUGUUAUCAGAGGAUCCUAGAAAUCAACCCCAAGCUGCAGGCGCAGGUGAAAGAAUAUACGAGGCAGGUCAAUCUUCAGGAAAAGGCAGAUCUUCAAGAGCAGGAAGCCCUUAAAUUUCUGGCUUUAGGAAAGAACACAGCUGUGACGACCAAAAAUCUCCUGGAGACCCUUUCCAAGCCUGACCAGGCACCCCUGUUCUAUGCAGGGGGGAUCGAAAUCCUGACGGAAACGAUGAAGCAGUGCACAGAACGUACUUUAUUCAGAACCCAAGGUGGAUUCAGCAUCAUCAAUGACAACGAGGUCCUAAGAAGGUGCUUAUGGGCCACAAGCAAGGAUGCAGUGGAAGAGACUGUCUGUGUGUCUGUCCUCAAGCUCUGGCAAGCAGUGUGUCACGAGAAUGAGGAGAACCAACGAGUCCUUGUGAUGCAUCCAGACCAGGCCGGCCUGCUGCUCUCCUUCUUGACUUCCCCAGCCUUGGCCCUCCGGCAGCAGAGCUUGACCCUGAUUCUUCAGCUCGCCCAGACGGAGACCGGACGGGACCUCAUCAUCAGCCACCUUGACCUGGCCCGAUUGUUCGAGGCUCUGCUGUUAUUCCUUGAGUUCUCAGAUAAGAAGGCCAACACAGCCAUGGGACUGCUCACAGACUUGUUUCUGGAGGAAAGAUUCCAAGCGUGGCUCCAGGCCAGCCUUCCGGACACCCUGCCCAUGCUCACGGGGGUCCUGAGAAGAGACCCCAUGUUAACCAGCACCACCGCCUUCUGCCAGUGUAUCGGCAUGAUGGGGAACCUCAGUGCCAAGCCCGCCACCCGCAGACACAUGUGGGCCUACGAAGAAUUCCCAGAUGCCUGCCUGGGCCUCCUGGUCAGAUGCGAGGAUGACCUGUUCAGAGAUGUCAUGUACACCCUCCUGGGACUUUUCAUGAACCUGUGUCUCCAAGUCCCCCUUGUCUCAGAGGUGUGGAUCACGGAGGUGAGCAGAAAGUGCCUGUCUCUACUCAACAGCCAAGAUGGAGGAAUCCUGACAAGAGCUGCUGGUGUGCUGAGCCGGACUCUCCCUUCCUCUCUGAAAAUCAUCCAGGAGGCCCUGAGAGCAGGAAUUGUGAAGAAAAUGAUUAAGUUCCUGAAGACAGGAGGCCAGAGCGCAUCGCGGCAUGCAGUAAAGAUCCUGGCGGUCUGCACCAACAGCUUCCAUGAGGCUCGGGAGGAAAUAAUGAGGCUGGACAAAAAGUUCAGCGUUUUGGUGAAGGUGCUCAACUCAAAGGACGAGGUUCUGGUGGGCAACGCCGCCCUCUGCCUCGGCAACUGCAUGGAGGUGCCCAGUGCCGCAUCGUCCCUGCUGAAGACGGACCUGGUGCCAAUCCUGCUGAAGCUGGCAGGCGGUGACUCACAGAAGACAUCCGUGCAACUGAACGCAGGCAUUGCCCUGGGGAAGCUGUGCACAGCCGAGCCCAGGUUUGCCACUCAGCUGAAGGAGUAUCACGGGAUCGAAAUUCUCAACUCUGUGAUGAAGUACAUCAGUGAUUCUUGAGAGACCUGGGUGCGGUUUUUACAAACACACAACCCCACAUUAUGGGUUGUUUCUGAGCUAAUAAAGUCCAUUUAAAUAUUCCAUUUAA